CCACAUCUAUCGGAGCUAACUAGUUAGCUUAAUGCGCGGUGAUGCGACCAUGCACCGGGAGUCCAGUGAUCAUGGCUAAUUUACGGCUGUCGUUAGUGGUGGUCGUUCAGGCUGUCCUGUGCGGAACCAGCGAGGCUCUUUGGUGUAACUGCACAACAGCCCAGUGUGACAAGACUGGCUCCCAGUGCGAGACCGAUGGGGCCUGUUUGGCCUCCACUUCCUUCAUCGAUGGCCAAGAGCAGCACAUUCGGAUUUGCAUCACACGUGACAAACUUGUGCCACCUGGACAGCCGUUCUACUGCCUCGGAGCAGAAGGCUUACUCAACAUCCACUGCUGCUACACUGACUACUGCAACAGCAUUGACCUCAAAGUGCCCUCUGUGACAACCCAGUCAGGCGUGGGGGGAGGCUACGGUCCAGGUGGGACAUGGGGGCUGAUGGAACUAGUUGCAGUGAUUGCAGGACCACUCUUUCUGCUGUGUCUGCUGCUGCUGGUGGGCGUGUUCAUGUAUCAGUACCACCAGAGGGCCUACAGCCACAGGCAGAGGCUGGAGGUUGAAGACCCCUCCUGUGACCACCUCUACCUGUCCAAAGACAGGACCCUGCAGGACCUCAUUUAUGACCUGUCCACAUCUGGUUCAGGCUCAGGUCUGCCUCUGUUUGUCCAGCGGACUGUGGCCAGGACAAUCGUCCUACAGGAGAUCAUUGGUAAGGGCCGUUUCGGGGAGGUGUGGCGAGGACGUUGGAGGGGUGGUGACGUGGCAGUGAAGAUCUUCUCAUCCAGGGAAGAGCGCUCUUGGUUCCGUGAGGCUGAAAUCUAUCAGACCAUCAUGCUCCGCCAUGAGAACAUCCUGGGCUUUAUAGCUGCUGACAACAAAGACAACGGCACAUGGACCCAGCUGUGGUUGGUGUCAGACUACCAUGAACACGGCUCUCUGUUUGACUACCUGAACCGCUACUCUGUCACUACUGAAGGAAUGAUCAAACUGGCCUUGUCAGCUGCCAGUGGCCUGGCACAUCUGCACAUGGAAAUUCUUGGAACACAAGGAAAGCCAGGCAUCGCCCACCGAGACCUAAAGUCCAAGAACAUCCUUGUGAAGAAGAACUGCACCUGUGCAAUCGCCGACCUGGGUUUGGCUGUCCGUCACGAUUCUGCCACAGACACCAUCGACAUCGCCCCUAAUCAAAGGGUGGGCACCAAGAGGUACAUGGCUCCAGAGGUGCUGGAUGAGACUAUCAACAUGAGUCACUUUGACUCAUUCAAAUGUGCUGAUAUCUAUGCCCUUGGUCUGGUCUACUGGGAGAUUGCACGCCGCAGUAACAGUGGAGGUAUCCAUGAAGAGUAUCAGUUGCCCUACUAUGACCUGGUACCUUCUGACCCUUCCAUAGAGGAGAUGAGGAAGGUGGUGUGUGACCAAAAGCUUAGACCCAACAUCCCAAAUUGGUGGCAGAGCUACGAGGCUUUGCGUGUUAUGGGCAAGAUUAUGAGGGAGUGUUGGUAUGCUAAUGGUGCUGCCCGCUUGACGGCUCUGCGGAUCAAAAAGACCCUGUCCCAGCUCAGCAUCCAGGAGGACAUUAAAGUCUGAGCCAAGUCCGAAGAGCACUGAGAAAUGGCACUUGGGAGGACCCGGUUCAAGACUGUAGCACACAGAGAGGAAGGCACCGGGCCUUCUUUCAAGAACGCACAAAGAAAGAGGAUAUGAUGGAGAGUGGCACUUUGUAAAAUAUUAUUCCAUCAACACUCCUGCCAGUUUGUGAAGCCACUUGAUUUCCGACAAACCCUACCUCGCUUACCCAGCCAAACUACCAAGAACACCUUUCCUGUCUUGUCCUCAGCUACUGCUGCCCUACCUGAACCGUUUUCUCCUCUCUAUACUCCGUACUAACAACGAUCCUUGGAUUUUCUGUACUUGUAUGCAAUCAAUAGCAGGACAUGUAAUUAACCAGUUAACAUUUUAAAAACUCAGUUGCUGAUAUUUCCUCAAAGUCUCUUGGAUCAAACUUGUUUAAUAGUGAACAAACAGCAUUCGCUCUUACCGUCUUUGUAAUGGGGCAACCCGGGAGGGUUAGGGGUGUAUUUUACUUAUUUCUACUUAUUCUGAAAUGAUCAGAUGUUGCUUAUAGUAUGCGUUUUUGUGAGGUUAUUGUGUAGGUUUCUCCAUGCUACACCGACACCAAACAGGCACAUCUAAAACUGCUUAGAAAUCCUUUAAGGCAAGUAACCCAUCCGGUUCUGCUAAAACAGUGUUGUUUAGCUGUCUGCCAACUACCAUGUAAGCAUGUAGUAGUUGAGACAGUUGGCAUACAUGCAGCCCAUUGACUUUAAAUAAGGUGUAUUGAGAUUUCAGAGUCACUGGAGCUUUAGGGCACUUUGCUAAACAUGAUUUAGCCUUUGGACGGCUUGCCUGGAGCGCUUCCCAUAAGCUGAUGUAAACCUCAGGUCCUCAGUGUGCUUACCAAUAAACAAGCUUUUUUUGUCUGUCUGUUAAAACCAGCUUUAGCAAAAUAAACACUUCUCAAUAAUUUAACAUAAAUGUACAUCAUUAGGAUGGAGGGUUAGAUGUAGAGUGUUGCAGGUGCCAGGGACACAGUCAUCGGCCUCAAAUAGGAACAUUACUUUCACAAAAUACUACAUGCGGCAUUUAGCACCAUGGUACAUGUAGUAUAUUUAUACUGUAGUGUCCUGUUCUUAAUGCAGCUGUUGUCUGUUGAUUUAGUCAGUGUAAGCUGCCACAAGUGAACAUUGCUCCAGUCCUUCAAGACAUUCAGCCGCCACUAUUUACACUGUACCUUAAAUACGGGGCAAAAAAGUUCUAUUUUUAAUCCUUUUUAAAUACACUAAAUCCAGGAGACUAAAUGAUUGUUUGUUUUUAUGUUCAUUUUGUGUCAGUAUGGAAGUUUCAUGUGAUUUUUCUUUUCAUAUUUAGGUGAUGCUCUUUUAUAUCUGAUUUUAUGCUGGUGGGAAAAAAUGAAGGACUUUUGUCUCGCUGUUGGUAAACAGAAUCAUCUCCUGACUUCUGAAGUAACAUAACUGUAUGUGUCAGACUUUCUCUUACAGCCCUCUAUUACUGCUGAGCAGUAUUUGAUUUAUAAGAAGUGUUUCCCUUCAGUUUCUUUUGUUCACCAAACCUCCUCAAUGUGCAAAUGUAUGUGAAUUGUUCCCCUUAAGCUAACAUUGUCACAAAUCACUGUCUACAGGUACUGUUUGUGAAUAGCUUCUCCCGUGUUAUUUAUAUUUCUUCGCUGCAAGUCCCUAUAUGAAAGCCUGAUAGGCCACGUGUGCAUGACUACUGACCUCACAGCACUACAACCAAAUUGUUCUCAGAAACAUCUCC